GGAGGUGGGGAAUAUUGUCGCUGUCGAGUGUUGUGUCACGAGAUCGCGAAUGUCAAUUGGGUUUGGAAGAAAGCUUACAGGGAGGGGCGCGACGUAGUCUCCAGUGAGGCUCUUUUGACCAGUAUGUGAAUAACUCGUGCUAGUGAACACGCGCGCCUUUGGAUAUUCCUUUUUGGGAUUACGGUAUCAUGCGGCUUGUAUUGCUGUGCGUCCUAGCGGGCGCCGUGUGCGCGCGGGAGGAGGGUUGGCAGCCCAUUGUACCGGAGUCCUCCCUUACCUACACCACUUACGUCAAGUCGCCGGAACGAUCUCUCGAUACCAGUUCGGCGUUAAAAAUAAUUAAUCGUAAGCCACCAAGCCUUGCGUAUCCAAGCAAACUGUCCGGCGCCUACAGCGCUGGGCCUCAGGGAGAUUCCGACGCCUGCAGCGUCUACAAAGUAUCCAUGAAUCAAGAACUCUUCUACCAGUACGUCCAGUAUGAGAAGGAUCUGCCAGACCUAAAAGAGUUUACUCUGUGCAUGUGGGCGAAGUUCCAUAAUCAUUCUGAAGACCAUCCCUUAUUCUCUUAUUCAGUUGGAGAUAGCCCUAAAGAGAUUUCGGCUUGGAUAUCGAACACAGUCGAAGCUAGCUACUUCAGCAUGGCCGUGCACGGACAGACAUUCUUCAGGCUCAAUUAUCCCCUAAAACUUAACACGUGGUAUCAUUCUUGUCAAUCUUGGAAUGGAAAAACUGGAGAAUGGCAAAUUUGGGUGAACGCAGAGCGAGUGGGCAGAGGAUUCCACAACAGGUUGGUGGGUCACAUAAUAAAAGGCGGCGGCAUAGCUCUUACUGGUCAAGAACAGAGUCUUUUAUACAGCAAAGAUGGUCUCGAGCCCACUAUAAAGCAAUCUGGACUUAUGGGAGAAGUAACUAUGCUCCAACUGUAUCAUGUUGCCUUGACGGCGGGUAAAGCCCACAAAGACCACAAGCACCACCACGCUCAUCACUUCAAGCACGACGGUACCCCGCUGGAGGCCUCCACGGAAGCGGUCACGGAGCCGCCGCCGCCAGAAGCUACUCCGUUGGGCAACGGGAACUUCAUCAUCGGCGGGCAGCUGCAACGCGCUCCCGACCUCAACCUUGCCGGCCCCCAGCCGCAGCAGCAGAUGAUUCCCGUUCAGCUGUCUAACGGUUUACAGCUUCAGCAGGGAUAUAUCAAUGGACAACUGAGCAACAGAAUUGUAUCUGAACAGCUUCUCAACAAUGUUCAUCAAAUUCCAUCAACACAGCCUUCAUCCAACUCCAUACAUCAAAUUUCUUUAGUAGACCUACCAGUGUCCUCCUCUAUUGCCCACAGCCAGAGAUUUUCACUAAGGCAGCCUUUGGGUCCGUCGAAAUCAUCAACAGUCAUGUUAUCUGGCUCGUUACUUAACCCAGCAAAUGUGCAAUACAUUGAUGAGACAUCGUCGCAUAAUUUGUACAAACGAGAUUCUAAGAAACGAGAUAAAAGAGAUAAUCCAGAGAAAGAAUUGGAGCAACCCGCUAAAGGGAAAAAAGACAAACGUGGGCUGGUCGCAUUGUCGGACGGUUCUAUCGUAGACGAUGCGCUGCUUAGUCCGAACAUAGCCGAUGAGGAUGACGCCAUGUUCCAGCAGUCGUUGCUGAGUGGACUCGCUGGCGUCGUUGGGAACCUCCCAGUUCAAAAUGUCCAAAAGGAGACGGUGGACGAGCGAGAACCCGCGGAGGCCGAGGUGAAGGCGGUGAUGCAGGUGUGCAGCGGCUGCGCGGCCGAGCCCUUCAAGAAAGCGCUGGUACUCUCCUGGAGGUCCACGCCCAAGAAACUACACAGCGGUGCGCACUAUUACAAAGGUCUGCCCAUAUGCAAAGCCUUUUAAACACACUUUACAAGUACAUGAUCCUGACGA